AUGAAUCAAAGCUAUGACAUAAACCACAGUAAAAAAAACGGUGAAGAAAUAAAUAGUCAAAAAGAAGAGUGUGAAAAGAGUGAUAAUAUAAAAAUUAUGAAAUACAAUGAAAUUAACUGGGAAUUAAAUGAUAUAACUAGUAAAGUAAAAGAAAACGAAUCCUUAAUUUAUGAAAAUGAUGAUUCAAAUAAAAUAGCUAAAUCAUAUUUAGAUAAAUACCUUGUAGAUAUAAAUAAUUAUCAAAAUAAUCCAAAUUGUAAAAUAUAUCCAAAAUUGCAUUUAAAUAAUACAAAAGAAAUAAAAAAUGUGAUUAUUAAAGAAAAAAUAUGUGUUAAUACAUAUUAUCAAUAUAUAGAUGUAUAUAACAAAUUGAGUUCUAAUUCUGAAGAAAUAAAAGAUGAAAAAACAUAUACAAAUAAUAAUAACCCAUUAAAUAAUGCAGAAAAUAGUAAUAUUAACUAUAAUACAAUUAAUAUGAAAUAUAUUAUACCAAAUAUUGUAAAAAGUCAAAUCCCAGUUGCAAUAAAAAAAACAAUAUAUCCAGAAAUUGAAACAACAGAUGAAGAAAUCGAAAUAGAAGUUGAAAAAUAUGUACCUUAUAUAAUUCCCGUUAAUGUUUAUGUCCCUAAAUAUUAUUCUAUAUCUGCUUUAGAAAGUGAAGAAAAUGAAAUUGAGAUCAAAAAAAUCGAAUUGACAAAAGAGCACGAAGACGAAAUUAUAAAAGAAUUAAAUCCACAUUUAAAGGAAAUACAAACUUUCAAUGAAGAACAAAUUAAACAAAUGAAAGAAAUUUUGAAUAUAUCAAAAUUAAAAGCUGAAAAAUUUAAAAUAAAACAUCCUGAACAUGAACUUAUUGUUUAUUAUGACAAUGAUACUAGUGAACGUUUCGAUUUUGAAAUGUUUGAAAAAUUUCGAGAAAUAUAUCCCAAAGAUUUAUGA